CCUCCCUUCAGCAUCAGGCAUGUUUUCCAUCUGUUUUCUUCCUCUUCUGGGUUUGCUCCCAACCCCCAACAUUAACCCAGGCCAGCUUCCUGCCCGUCCUUGGGGAGCUCAUAGCUAUUUGUGUCCCAGGUCCCCAGCCACCGUGCGUCUUGGUAUGUGCCCGGAAAUCACAGGACUUGGGAGAUGGGCUCAGGGAGGUCUGCUGCUGCCGUUUGUUUCUCCUUAACGCAGCCUUCCCCUCCCCCAGGACUGCUCCGGGGUUCAACUUUCUCGAGAGUCUCAGUGGAGGUCACAGAGAAGAGCCAGCUGUGCUGAAGGCUCCACUAUCACUUGAGUCACCCCAGUGGUCAUUGCCAUCUGAAAAGAGAAGCUUCUCUAAAUAAAAGUCAGGAGGCACUGCCAAAGCUGGCAAGACAAGAAGAGACCAUAAGGAAGCUAGAAAGCUAGCUGACUUUAGAAGGCCAAAGUAACUCAGUUCCCUGCGUCAAUAUUUGUGACUGUCGCCAUGAAAGCUGUGACAAGCCAUAAGUCCCUGCUGCUCCUGUUGCUGGCGUUAACCUUCUGGAUCGUUUUUGCAGUUUUCCAGAACUCCACGAAGAUAUGGGCUGUAUUCACGUUGCCCGUUUCUCUCAACCAUUGGAAGUAUGACAUGAAGCCUUCAUGCCCUGAAAUACCUCUGAAUCCAUCAGCGUCACCAACAAAGACAGAACUGAGAGUCAGGAAGGUUCUGGAGAAGUUAGAGCAGCAGAUCCCGCGCAGACCCGUUACCCGCUUCAGCACCACCACCAGCGCCGCCCACAGCACCGCCACCGUCCUCAACCCUCGGCGCACGUACUGCGUGGGGGACCAGCUGGACGUCCUGCUGGAGGCCAGGGACCACCUGGGACGCAGGAAGAAGUACGGCGGGGACUUCCUGAGGGCCAGGAUGUCCUCCCCAGCUCUGAAAGCAGGCGCUUCAGGAAAAGUGACAGACUUCAACAAUGGCACCUACCUUGUCAGCUUCACGCUGUUCUGGGAGGGCAGGGUCUUCCUGUCUGUCCUGCUCAUCCACCCCAGCGAGGGGGUGUCGGCUCUCUGGAGGGCAAGGAAUAAAGCCUAUGACAGGGUCAUCUUCACGGGUCACUUUGUGAACAGCACCUCCCAAGUCUACACUGAUUGUGCCCUGGCUUUAAACUCAAGUGUUGAACUGUGUCAGUAUGUGGAUGCUCAAGAUCAAGAAGCUUUCUACUGCGUGAAGCCCCCACAUGUUCCCUGCGCUGCACUCACCCACAUGCAUUCCAAGAACAAUAACGUUUCCUAUCUUAGCAAACAAGAAAGGCACCUCUUUGAAAGGUCAAAUGUAGGUGUGGAGAUUAUGGCAAAAUCCAAUGUGAUUAGUGUCUCCAAAUGCAACAAAAAAGCAAUUCCAAAAGAGAAAUGCAAGCUUGGAAUGGUCUCCACUAUCCCCAGUGGGCAUGUCUGGAAAAACAUAUGGAAUCCUGUCUCCUGUAGCUUGGCUCCAGUCAAAACGAAAGACUGUCUGAGAGGAAAACUCAUCUAUCUACUGGGAGAUUCCACCAUCCGCCAGUGGAUAGAAUACUUCAAAACCACAAUCAGCACACUGAGGCCCGUGGACCUACAGGAAACUGGGAAAUUGCAGCACCAGCUUUUUGUGGACUUGGACGGAGAACUCAACAUCCAGUGGCAAAAGCACAGUUACCCCCUUAUUGGAUCGCUGGUUUAUUCUGUCAAAGAGAUAGAGAGCAUCGCCCGGAUAAUUGACAGAACUGGAGGAGGGGAAAAUACUAUCAUUGUCAUUUCUGUGGGCCAGCAUUUCAGGCCCUUCCCCAUUAAUGUCUUUAUCCAAAGGGCCCUGAACAUCCACAAAGCAGUUCAGCGUCUUCUGAUGAGAAGCCCUGACACUGUGGUCAUCAUCAAGACAGAAAACAUCAGGGAGAUGUACAAUGAUGCAGAAAGAUUUAGUGACUUCCUUGGUUACACUCAAUAUCUUGUCUUAAAGGACAUUUUCCAGGAUCUCAAUGUGGGCAUCAUUGAUGCCUGGGACAUAACAAUUGCAUAUGGCACAAAUGAUGUGCAUCCACCACAACAUGUAGUUGAAAAUCAAAUUAAUGUAUUUUUAAACUAUAUUUGCUAGGUAUGACAUAUCUUGGAAAAUCAUUCAUUUAAGCAAAAAGAUACAUUGAGUCCUGCUAUCUUGACAAGUGCCAAGUUUUCCACUGAACUUCCAUGUAGUUUGAGAAUAUGGUCUGCACCGUGGCUGAUCUGAUCUACCCAUUCUACAAAACAGAGUAUUUCUAACUGGGCUUUGCUUAAAUAUGAUGCUCAAAAGAGCCAGUGAGGGGUCUUCCCUUCUUGAAUGGACCCAUGCUGUGCCUCGCCCCUGGGAAAGGAGAUCUCCUGUGGGGAACACCUCCCUCCAUUGGUAUAAAUUCAGAGCAAUAAAGUAAUUGGAUAAUCUUCAGAGCAAUAAAGUAAUUGGAUAAUCUUC